AUGUCAAAUGACAUUACCCAAAGUCCGGAUCGUAUCCAUCCUCCCCCGUUGCCUCGCUCAGCCUCAAAUCCAAAGCCCAAAGGGAUCCUGAAGAAUGCCCCUCCAGUCCCCGGAAGCGUUGGCCAUAGUUUGCAAUGGGACGAGGAGAAUCUGGCCUUGACGGAAAUACAGAAAGAUAGUUUAAUGAAGAUUACGGAGCCCAAGACGCCCUAUGUACGAUACAAUGCAGAGCUAGAUACUGUUGAAGGAGAUAUCCCAGGGUUCGAACUGAAUAGCACGCCGGCCGCAGAACCUACACCGUCUUCACCUACGAAUGCAUUCGGCUCUUCAGCGCUAUUUGGGGACACCGCUUCUGGAGGUAAUUCGGGACCAUCGUCUCGUCGUACAUCUAUAUCCAGUGCCGGUGGCCGACAAUCAGGGCGAUCUAGCAGUGCUACUUCCAGUCGAAGCACAAGCUUCAACCUCCCCAGCGAGGCUAGGUCGCAGAUAAGGGCUAUUCAUGGAGACGGGGAGACGGGUGAGGAAGUAGGAGAGGACGAGGAAAUGGAUGAAGAAACCGCUGCGAAACAUGCAGCAUUCGUCCGAGCAAGAGGUAGACAUUACUCGAAUGAAGCUGAAGCGAUGAAGCGUGCAGCGGAGCUCAUGGAGGACGAAGAUAACGAUUCUGAAGAGCCGGCCCCAGACGCUGGUGGUGAUGGCGACGACGCGUCGAUGAAUGAACCUGUAAUACCACCCGUGCCCAAAAUCAACGGGGAUCAUAAUGUCGAACGGGGUCGGCGUCGCACUUAA